AUGGAGAGCGGCGGCGCUCCCCCGGCUGGGGCGCCGGCCGAGUCCGCACAGUGCCCGCUGCCGCCGGGGGACGAGGGCGCGGCGGGGCCGGCGGGGCCGCUGGAGCCCGAGGGGGCGGCCGAGGGCGAGGAGGCUGGAGGCGAGGGCGAGGGCGGGGGCGGGCCGCGGCGGGCUCUGCGGGCAGUGUACGUGCGCAGCGAGAGCCCCCAAGGCGGUGCGGCCGGCGGCCCCGAGGCGGGGGCGCAGCGGUGCUUGCUGCGGACCUGCGAGGCAGAGAGAGCCCACCUCACCUCCGUGCCCUUCGGGGAGCUGGACUUUGGGGAGAUAGCCGUGCUCGACGCCUUCUACGACGCAGAUGUUGCCGUGGUAGACAUGAGUGAUGUCUCCAGACAGCCUUCCCUCUUCUACCAUCCUGGAGUCCGUGAAAGCUUUGAUGUGGCCAAUAAUGUGAUCCUGUACCGCGACCCCGAUGCUGACACUGCUCUUUCAUUGAAGGAUAUAGUUACUCAAGAAAACACGGCAUCUAGUGGAAAUUAUUAUUUCAUCCCGUACAUCAUGACACCAUGUGCUGAUUAUUUUUGCUGCGAGAGUGACGCCCAGAGACGUGCCUCGGAGUACAUGCAGCCCAACUGGGACACCAUCCUGGGUCCGCUGCGUGUGCCCCUGGUGGGCAGGUUUACUAGCCUCCUCAAGGACGUCCAUGUGACCUCAUGUGCUUAUUACAAAGAAACCUUGUGAAAUGACAUCCGGAGAGCCAGAGAGAAAUACCAGGGUGACGCACUGGCGAAGGAGCUGGCCCGCAUCAAGCUCCGCACGGACAAUACCAAGGUUCUGACCUCAGACGUCAUCAUUAAUUUACUGCUGUCCUAUCGUGAUAUCCAGGACUGUGAUGCAGUAGUGAAGCUGGUAGAAACACUGGAAAUGCUGCUGACGUGUGAUUUAGCUGACCAGCAUAACAUUAAAUUCCACUAUGCAUUUGCACUGAAUAGGACCUAUGAAGCAGGAACCCCCCACCCAGUGCCUAUUGAUUACGAUAAACACAUUCAUGAAUGGAAUUUUACAGCCUCUUCCAUUAGAGGAAUAAACAUAUCCAAGUUUGAUGAACGGUGUUGUUUUCUUUACGUCCAGGAUGACUUUCAAAUCUUCUUUUCCACUGAAGACCAGUGCAGUAGGUUUUGCUCUUUGGUCAAAGAGCCGAUAACCAAUGGAGUGGGCAGUACAGUGGAGCUGGAGGGAGAGACCGAUGGGGAUACCUUAGAGGCUGAAGUCAGGAUAUUGGGCACCUUCUCUGUGCCAGAUUCUGGGCUGGCACUGGAAACUGAAAGGGGAGUAGGAUACUGUCCUGAUGCUAGGGGUGUGCCCGGUGUGGUAGAGCAAAGUGACAAGUGCCGUGACACAGAGGUUCACAGAGUGGAGAGGACAUUCCCGCAAAGAAGGGAUGGCCAGCAGCAGGGCAGGUACUCUCAGCCUCUGCAUGAGGAGAUCGCCCUGCACAAGAACCUCAAGCACCGCAAUAUUGUUCAGUACCUGGGCUCUGUUUCCGAGGACGGCUACAUUAAGAUAUUUAUGAUGGAGCAGGUGCCUGGCUCCUUUUUGGCUGUUUUGCGAUCAAAAUGGGGGCCGGUGAAGGAGCCCACCAUCCACUUCUACACCAAGCAAAUCCUGGAAGGCCUCAAGUGUCUCCACGAAAGCCAGAUUGUGCACAGAGACAUAAAAGGUGAUAACGUUCUGGCGAAUACCUAUAGCGGAGAGGUGAAAAUCUCCGAUUUCGGCACCUCUAAACGUGUUGUGGGAGUGAAUCCAUGUACAGAGACUUGUGCUGGCGUUCUGCAGUACAUGGCAGCCGAGAUCACUGAUCGAGGACCCCGUGGGUACGGUGCCCCGGCUGAUAUCUGGGCCCCGGGCUGCACCAUCACUGAGACGGCCACCAGCAGGCCUCCGUUCCAUGAGCCCGGUGAACCGCAGGCGGCAGUGUUCAAAGUGGGGAUGUUUAAGAUUCACCCUGAGGUUCCGGAAACCCUUUCAGCGGAAGCUAGAGCCUUCGUUUUAUCCUGUUUUGAGCCUGACCCCCACAAACGUGUCACCGCUGCUGGGCUGCUCCAAGAGGGUUUCUUAAGGCAGGUGAACAAGGGCAAGAAGAACCGAAUUGCUUUCAAGUCGGCAGAGGGUCCCCAGGGCGCCACGCUGCCCCUGCCCCUGGUGGGGGAGCUGAUGGGCAGCAGCAGCGAGCAUGGCUCCGUCUCCCUGGACUCCGAUGCCCAGCCCCACGUGUUCUUCCAGAAGUCCCAGCCGCCCACGCACCGGCUCAGCCACCUGCUCAGUGUUCCUGAUGAGAACUCGGCCUCAGAGGACUGGAGCGCAGCCUCGUCGCUGGAGGACAGGGACCCGGGCUUCCUGCUGCGCUAGGACAGCGAGCGCCGUGCCAUCCUCUACGGAAUCCUCUGGGAGGAGCAGAACCAGGUGGCUUCCAACCUGCAGGAGUGCGUGGCCCAGAGUUCAGAAGAGUUGCAUCUCUCAGUCGGCCACAUCAAGCAAAUAAUCGUGAUCCUGAGACAUUUCCUCCGCUGCCCAGAGCACCGGGUGAUGGCACCCACGAUAUCAAAGCUAAAGGUGGACCUGGACUUUGACAGCUCAUCCAUCAAUCAGAUUCAUCUGGUACCCUUUGGAUUUCAGGAUGCUGUAAAUAAAAUUUUGAGGAACCACUUAAUUAGGCCCCGCGGGAUGUUUGCAAUGGACAUCAUCCGUCGAGCGGUACAGGCUGCAGUCACCAUCCUAAUCCGAGAGCUCCAAGCCCACUUUGAGGCUGCCUCAGAGACCGAAGGGGUGGAUGAGGACACGGAUGAGGCGGAAGAGGACUAUGCCCUGGCAGACCCACGCGGGAGCGAGGCGCAGCUCCAGCAGCAGCAGCUGAGGCUCCAGCUGAGCAAGCUCAGGUGGGAGACCAACAGACUUUUGGAACACCCAGUUCAAAAGAGAGAGUACCAGAAUCUUCUAUGGCAAACCCUAGAACAGGAAACUCAAGAAUUGUAUCACCUGCAGUUACAAUUCAAAUUUAAUGAGAUUACAGAGAACUCAGCGUCCCCUCCUCCCUCUUAUGGGCAGAGAACAGAUAAAGAGCUUGUCCAUUGGUUGCAACUGCGAGGAGCAGAUACGAAAACAAUUGAAAAGAUUCUUGAAGCAGGUUAUACACUUUCUGAUAUUCUUAAUGAUAUCACUAAGGAAGACCUAAGGUACCUUAGACUACGUGGUGGUCUCCUCUGCAGGCUCGGGACUGCAGUCUCCCAGUACAGAAGACAGGACCCCGGCAACCCAAGAUGA